UUUGUACAAACUGCUCCGUUGAUUCGUUAAGAAUUUUGUCACACGGUCGUUUCUCGUGUUUUCGAAGACACAGCGCCAAAACUCGAGCGUGAUUCGAAGUUCAUCCGCCACGAAUUUCCAAAAUCUCCAGGCUCCAGUGGCGGUGGGGUUUCAACUCUCAAUCAGACAAUCACUCUUUUGUAAUUAUCUCCACGAUGCAUGCAACCUGUACUUCUUCUCCGCCUUUCUAGACCUUUCCGACACCUUCUACUGCUCUACUUAUGCUCCAAAGCUCCAUAUUUCGUCGCAGAAGAUUGCAUUCCUAAAUCCUAAUCGACUCUCCGGCCAUGGCUACCUUUACUGCUUCGUGCUCUUCUUCUUCUUCUUCGUGGACCCUCAGCAAGCACUCCCAUCGAUUGCCUACUUGUUCUUAUCCAAUUUCCAAAUAUUCGCCUCUUGGCGCCAAGACCCAAAUCUUUUCCUCGCUUUGCUCCUCAAAAAACUCUAAAAGAUUGAGUUUUUAUGUCAGGGCGGAGAAUAAAGAUGAACCCUCUUCAUCUUCGGUGGCCGUGGCUCACGAAGAGGCUCGAAAUGAGGAAAUCGCGAAGAAAGACUUGCACUUGGAAGGAGAAUUGCAGAAAGAGAGUGGAUCUGAGGAGAUAGAGAGAGAGAAGCAGCAAGAAAUGGAUUGGAAAACCGACGAGGAGUUCAAGAACUUUAUGGGCAAUCCCUCAAUUGAGGCUGCUAUAAAGCUGGAGAAGAAGAGGGCGGAUAGGAGGUUGAAGGAACUUGAUAGACAGAGCAGUAGCAAUCCAGUGGUGAGCUUACUGAAUAGGCUGCUUCGUGACAGUUUGUCCAGAGAGAAAGAGAGGUUAGAGAAAGCAGAGGAGUCUUUCAAGGCUCUUGAUCUUAAUAAGUUAAAGAGCUGCUUUGGGUUUGAUACGUUUUUCGCGACAGAUGUUAGGAGAUUUGGAGAUGGAGGGAUCUUUAUUGGAAACUUGAGGAAACCCAUUCAAGAAGUAAUACCCAAGCUAGAGAAGAAGCUAUCAGAAGCUGCUGGAAGGGAUGUUGUUUUGUGGUUUACCGAGGAAACAACAAAUGACAUUAAGAAACAGGCUUGUGUGGUGCAACCUAAAUUGGAGAUGGAACUUCAAUUUGAGUCAACCAAGUUAAGCACUCCUUGGGGUUAUAUUAGUGCAAUAGCACUAUGCGUUACAACUUUCGGGACCAUAGCUUUGACGAGUGGCUUCUUCCUCAAGCCCGACGCUACAAUUGACGACUACUUGGCGGAUGUGGUGCCUCUCUUUGGCGGCUUCUUGACAAUUUUGGGAGUUUCAGAGAUAACAACAAGAGUGGUAGCAUCCCGGUAUGGUGUCAAACUUAGUCCGUCCUUUCUUGUUCCAUCCAAUUGGACCGGAUGCCUUGGUGUUAUAAACAAUUACGAGUCUUUGCUACCAAAUAAGAAGGCUUUAUUUGACAUUCCGGUUGCUAGGACCGCAAGCGCCUAUGUGACAUCACUGCUACUUGUCGUCGCUGCUUUUAUAUCUGACGGAAGCUUUAAUGGCGGUGAAAAUGCACUGUACAUAAGACCUCAGUUCUUUGAGAAUAAUCCUCUGUUCUCUUUUAUUCAAUAUGUUAUUGGGCCAUAUGCUGAUGAUCUCGGAAAUGUGCUGCCUUAUGCAGUCGAGGGUGUGGGGGUCCCGGUCGAUCCCCUCGCUUUUGCUGGUCUCUUAGGGAUGGUCGUUACCUCUUUGAAUUUAUUGCCCUGUGGGAGGCUCGAGGGGGGGCGUAUCGCGCAGGCCAUGUUUGGCAGAAGCACCGCCAAUUUGCUAACUUUCGCCACCUCGUUCCUUCUAGGACUUGGUGGUAUCAGCGGAAGCAUCGUGUGUUUGGCGUGGGGCCUCUUCGCAACCUUCUUCCGGGGCGGGGAAGAGAUCCCUGCGCAAGACGAGAUCACGCCGUUGGGAGAUGAGAGGUUUGCUUGGGGCUGUGUACUUUUCUUGGUGUGUUUCCUUACCCUUUUCCCUAAUGUUGGAGGCACAUUCUCUAGCUCAUACUUUGGGUCUCCAUAUUUCAGGGGAGAUUUUUAAGGUUUAAGGUUGAAGUGAUAUGUAAUUGAGGUAAAUGUAUAGCAAUUCUGAUAUAGCUUUGUUUUGCAGUUUCUGAUUCACCUAAGACUAUACAGGCAAUAACACACUCAAAUUGUGAUA